AGGGCGAAAAAGUGAAGAGAAACCAGUUCAAGCAUGGUUUAUAUCGAUAAAGAUGGAAAUGUGCUCGAAAAGAAGCAAAAAGGAAUUGUCGAGAUGAUCGUCGGAUUCUUCACAUUUAUCAUGUUAUUCUUCCGCUCACUGCUCGGCUUCACAUCUCCUACAAACCGAAACAGCAAUUCUCAAGACUACCGGAAUAUUGUUCGAGGCGGCGGAGUUAACGGAGCAGGCGGCGGUGGAAAUGCCUACAGGCGGAAUGGAGGCGGUGGAGGUGGAGGCGGAAGAAACAUCGGAGGACUUCCAACAUCAUCCGGAGUCGCUCCACCACCAAUGGGAGGCGGUUGCUGUGGAGGAGGUGGUUGUGGAUAAAAUUUACGAUUUUUUUCUGUUUUUUUUUGCAUUUUUAUUCGAUUUUUUGUGUGUUUGUGAUAUUUGAUGUAUUCGUUGUAAAUAUAUAAAUAAUAAACCUGAAUUUGCGUUG